AUGCUCGCCUGGUCGCGCGCAGCUCUGCGCACACACCGCUGCCAUGCUCGUCCGCUAGCGCUGCACCGCCAGCUGUCGACCUCGCUCCACCUCAACCUCCCGCCUCGACCACCCGCACCGCCUCUCGCCGCAAACCGUCCGAGGUCCGCCAGGCGCACCGACGCGCACCACGACGACUCGUCCCUCUCCCGCGACUCGUACCACCUCGCGGCCGAGGUGCGCCGCCUCACCGUCCAGGGCAAGGGCGACGUCUCGGCCGCCCUCAACCUCGUCCGCGCGGCACCCGCCGACGCCGCCACCGUCGUCGUGUGGAACGUCCUCCUCAACUCGAUCCUCGUCACGUCCACCACGUCCACCGCGGCGCCCGGCCCGACCCAUGCCCAGGCGGUCCGCAAGGCGUACGACGUCUGGAUGGAGAUGAAGCGCAGGGGGAUCACGCCGUCGGCGAGGGGCUACGGUACCGUCCUGACGGGCGUCGCCAAGCGCGCCAAGCUCGCCCUCGACGACGCGAGCCGCGGCAGGAAAAAGGCCGAGGGGUGGAACGCCGAGUUGCGGGCCAAGGUCGACAUCAUCCACAAGCAGUGGCUCGUUCACUGCGAGCGCGUCCUCGCCAAGGGCGACGACGGCGCCGGCGACGUGACCGGGAUCGUCGGUCUCGACGGCGCCGAGGUCGAGCCGGCCGAGCGCGACGCCGACGACGGCCGCGCCGACACGCCCGUCGACCUGUCGGCGGUCCCGACCAACCAGUACCUGUCGUUCCUCGCCUCGUCCCUCUCGCUCUCGACCCUCCCCUCUCUCGACAAGGCCGCACCCGUCGCCGCAUCCGCACCCGCCGCCGGCCCGGCCAUCCUCAAGCACCUCCUCCAGACCUUCCACUCGCUCCCCGACGCCGACGACCCGUCGCAGGGCACCCUCUCUCGCCUCGCCAAGACGGGCGUGUCGUACUCGGUCAUGCUCUCGGCACUGCGCACGGGCCUGCAGGCUUCGUGCGCAGCCUCCACCGCCCCAUCCUCCCCUCCCUCGUCCACCACCACCGCCGACGCCGCCGCCGCCGCCGAGGCAGGCUGGCCCACCCCGACCGAGCUUCUCGAGACGGCCCUCGCCUCGUGGGAACACCUCCUCGAGCAUCCUCCCGCGCCAGAAGCGCCCCUCGCCUCGAGCGCUGCCCCCCUCAGCCCCGUCGUGCCGACCUCGCUCCUCGCCCUCUUCCUCAUCCCGAGCUCGGCCGUCCUUCCCGCGGCGCUCUUCACGCGUGCGCUCGACGUCGCACGACGCGCGUUCGGCUUUGUGCCGCCCGCCGAGCUCGCGUUGCUCGAGUCGGCCCACGGCGAGGGCGAGAGCGCUCGCGCGGGUCCGAGCGCCGAGCUCGCCGCCCCGCUGUGCACGCCGCUCGAUGCGCCGGGCCUCGGCGUCGCGCUCAGGGUCGCUGCGGCGAGUGGGAGGAAGGACUGGGUCAAGGGCUGGUGGGAGCAGGUCAGGGACUACCCGGCGCGGUUCGGGCUCGAGGGCGAUGGUGCGACCGAGGAGGUCAGGGCGAGGGAGGAGAGCGAGAUCGUUCUCCGAGCUUGCGGAGCAUCUGGCGACGUCGAGGGCAUCGAGGACGUUCUCGGCUACCUCCUCUCGCCGUCCCUACGCCUCUCCCCCCUUCAUCGUCCCGACCUGUCGACCUUUACCCUCGCCAUGACGGCCCUCGCCCGCAUCGGCACCCCAGCCGCCGUCGACGCCUCGCUCCGCACCUGGACCCUCCUCCUCAGCACCCUCGACCCGUCCCCCUCGCCGGCCAUCAAGCCGUUCUACGCCCCUGCCGCCGACUGCCUCGUGCGGUGCGCCCUCUCGACUCGCGACCGCGGCCAGGUCUGGCGCGCCAUCAAGGCCGUCGCGCUCCUCGACCCCGAGUCGGCCCCGCACUCGCCCUCGCCGUUCGGCCCGAGCGCCUUCCCGCCCGCCGCGUCCGAGCCUCGCGCCUCCAAAGCCGGCACCGUCGCCCUCGCCAACUCGCUCGCGCUCGCCCUGAGCCGCGUCGUCGCCGCGCCGCACGGCGCCCAGGACUCGCUCGCGCCCGGGUCGGUCCCGCCCUCUCGGCGGGCCGAGCUCGAGCAGUGGAGCGAGCGCGUCGCGGCGUGGGCCAGCGAGGCGGCGCUGCGCGACGCCGAGACGGUCGGCGGCGAGGAGAGGAGGGAGGGCGAGGGCGAGAUGGAGUGGCGCAGGAGGAUGGUCGCGCUCAAGCGCGCACGUGCGGGCGCGACGGCCCGCAAGGGCGCCUCGUUCGCCCCGUCGGCGAGGACCCCUCGAGCCGACGGGCAGCCGCAGCACACGGAGCGCAGGAAGAAGUGGUGGAGCGACCGGCAGGAGGAGUGGGCGCAGGUGCGGGCCGAGCGGGAAAAGACGGGCGACGGGCGGCGCACGCCGCGAGACCUCCCUCGUCAUGGAGCUGGGCGAGAGGAGCGGGCACCGCGAUGGGAGGGUGGACGCAGGGAGGAGCGGCGAGCGAGGUUCGACGGCGACAAGGGCGCCGCGAGGGAGGAGCGCCCGGGCAGGUCGACGUACGGCUCGGGGCGGCGCGAGGACCGCCCGAGUCGGCCUUUCGAGCGCAGGGACGAUGCUCCUCGGCGCCGCGACGACCGCCCUCGCCCUGAGCAGGGCGACGACCGCGCGCGCUUCCCGCCGCGGCGUCGAGACGACGGCGGCGACUCUGCGUCGGCCCGCCCUCGCUUCGAGCGGUCCGAGCGGCCGGAUCGCGGCGAGCGUGGGUCGGGCCGCGGCUUUGAGCGCAGGGAGGACCGGCCGAGGCGCUUCGAAGGGCGCGAGGAGCGGUCGGGUCGGCCGGCGAGGGACGGGUCUUCUCGCUCAGGCGGUGGUCGGCGCGGGUGGGACGACUGA